AUGAUGAGAUCGAAGGUGGCAGUGGAGCUUCACCUUCUACCCCACGACGUUCUGCGCGACAUAUUGUCACGGCUAUCACUCAAACAAGCUGUGAGGAUGAGCCUACUUUCUUGCGAGUGGAGGCGGCUAGGGAUAUGCCCUCUGGACCUGGUGUUCACUGAAGAGACCCUAUUUGGCAGCAAUACAACCACGAUUGCCGACCCGGAAUACAUGGUCGCUGAAUUCCUGGAAUCAAGGAACAUUGAAUUCAUCACCAGAGUGGACAGUGUGUUGCGCACGUCAUGGUCUACUUCCACUAUGACAACUGCUAGUACGGUGAAUAAGUUUGUUGUCAAAUAUGGCCUCGGCACAUAUCAUAGGCACCACAUUGACAGAUGGAUUGACUUUUCCACCGCGUUGAUGGCCAAACACAUUCGUCUUGAUCUCAGGGGAGACGGCUUUGCAGGUGGCAUUUAUGUUGUCCCGCUGUGUAAACUCAGUGGUCCAAAUGGCUCUUGUGUGAAGUCUCUUGAUCUUGCUUAUGUCUGCUUAUGUCUGCCCGCUAGUUUCUGUGGUAUCACAAACCUGAAUAAACUCAGCCUGUAUAUGGUCUCCAUUGAUGCACGUGAUCUCGAACGUCUAUUGCUAAGUUGUCUUCUUCUUAAGAGUUUAAGUUUGGAGUGCUGCCCCUUAUCAAGUUUCACUAUACGUCAGGAGAUCUGCCGGUUGCAAUACCUGAGCGUCCGCAAGUGUGCGGUGCGAAUGAUACAGUUGCAAGCUCCGAACCUUACCACAUUUAAGUUUGAUGACUGUGUGACACAAAUUGUGCUAAGGGAAUCUUCAAAGCUGUCAGAAGCAACCAUUGUGUUCAAGAACAUGCGGGACAACUCGUGUUCUCACGCUUUCAACUAUAUCUUGACUGAGCUUCCAACUUCACUUCCUUAUGUGCAGAAACUCUUUCUACAUUUGGUUAUUGACUAUCAGGUGAAGAAGUUCAGUAAAACUCACACAACUUUCAUCAAUUUGUGGCAUCUGAACCUGAACAUUGAUGUCAGAGACGAUCCAGAGGAUGCUAGCUGGGUUAUUGGGUUGGUUUACCUCUUGGAAUCAGCGCCUCUCUUAGAAGAACUGGAACUGAAUAUAAAUUAUGAUAGAUUUGUUGAUCGUGAUCCUACAAGGAUAGUGAAGGCUGUUCCAGGGCCUCUGCAUCGUCACCUCAGGAGUGUCCAUAUUACUGGAUUUUGUGAUCUAGUGGGGAUAGCCGAGCUGUCACUCUACAUCCUUGGGAAUGCUAUUGUGCUCGAGCGUAUGGUGGUAGAUCCAGUGGUAUGGAUGGACAAUGGAUAUCCAUAUAGCAGGCAGCUCUACUCAGUCAGCAAGGUCGGUAGCUACCAGGAGUCUGCUCGACCUCGUUUUACUAAGCAGGAGCUGCGGGAUAGGGAGUUUGCAAAACAACACCUUAACAGAAAGGAGUUUCAACACAUGCUCACCAUUUUAUGA